AUGGAGAAAAGCAUAUCAUCAUCUGACGACUGGGAGAUCCCAUUUGAGAGCAUCACAGACCUGCAGUCUGGCAGUGGUGCUCAAGGUGCCGUGUUUCUGGGCAAGUUGUGCAACGAGGAGGUGGCCGUCAAGAAGGUCAGGGACGUCAAGGAGACAGACAUUCGCAAUCUCCGCAAGCUCAAUCACCCCAACAUUAUUUCUUUCAAGGGAGUGUGUACGCAGGCACCAUGCUACUGUAUCAUCAUGGAGUACUGUCCAUACGGUCAGCUGUACGAGGUGUUACGAGAUGGCAAGGAGAUCCCUCCCACCCUGGUCUUAGAGUGGGCCAAGCAGAUUGCCAGUGGCAUGAACUACCUACACUCUCACAAAAUUAUACAUCGGGACUUGAAGUCACCCAAUGUGCUAGUGGCUUCUAAUGACAUUGUAAAAAUCUCUGAUUUUGGCACAAGUCGUGAAUGGAAUGAGAAGAGCACAAAGAUGUCAUUUGCUGGCACAGUGGCAUGGAUGGCCCCGGAGGUCAUUCGCAGCGAAAUGUGCAGCGAGAAAGUCGACAUUUGGUCUUAUGGUGUUGUAUUAUGGGAGCUGCUGACUGCUGAAGUGCCCUAUAAGGAUGUGGACUCAUCCGCCAUCAUCUGGGGAGUGGGCAGCAACUAUCUCCAUCUGCCCGUGCCCAGCACCUGCCCAGAGGGUUUCAAGCUGCUCAUGAGGCAGUGCUGGAGCGCCAAGCCUAGGAACAGGCCAUCCUUCCGGCAGAUUUUGAUGCACCUGGAGAUUGCCUCGUCAGAACUGCUGAGUUAUUCCAGGGAGGAGUUUGCUGAUUCACAGUCUAUAUGGAGGACAGAAAUCAGAGAAAACUUCCAGAAAAUGAAGGCUGAAGGUUCAAACCUGCCACAGUUGGAGGAGGAACUGAUCAAAAGGAGGAAGGAGGAGUUACGGCAUGCGCAGGAUGUACGUGAGCACUACGAGAGAAAACUUGAGCGCGCCAACAACCUGUACAUGGAGCUGACAGCCUGCAUGCUGCAGCUGGAGAAAAGGGAAAGGGAACUCAUCAAAAGAGAGCAGCAGCUUACACUGUACAAUAAACGCAGGAAAAGCAUAGUUCGACCAAUCAUCAAAGCCCAGGAGAAAUUGGAUAGGCUCGGCAAAAAACGUAUUCAUAGAUCAGGCUCAGAGGUCACAACACCAGACUCCAUGAAAAACACAGAAGGCAGCAUGACAACAAGCUCGGAGCUGGUUCUACCCUCACCAACCAAGAUGAGGACGCGCAAGUCUCGACAUCGUCGCAAUAACAGCCGAGGCUCUAUGAAGGACAUUGCCUCCCCCAUCAAGUCCCCCUCGCGGGACCACGAAGCCAGAAAUGCUGAAGCUCUGAACCCCGCUGGCCUACACCACAUAGAGCACCCGCAGUUCCCCGGUACUUUCAAGUACCUGGGGCCGGGGACCGCCAUCAGGGAGUACAGGAGCGAGGACGAGGUGGACGGCUGUGAGAUGAGGAUCUCACACAUGGAGAACAACAUCAAAAAACGUCAGGAGCUGUGUAGCAGGACCUCCAGCGCCAACAACAGCACCAAGAGGUCUCCCAUCUCCAGGCGAUCACCGCUAUUCAAAGACAAUAACAUCAACGACGUUUGCUUUGGCUGUGACGGCGGGUGUAGUGACGCCACGUGCAGCAGCAAAAGGUCGUCCCAGGUCAGCGCCGAUGUUGAGAGCACCUGUGAUUUAUCUCCCCUGUCUAGCCCCAAACACCAACCGCUUGAAACAAUGAGCGAGAAAUCAUCUCCGGAUGUUGACUCGUCUCGCCAUGAAACUGGCUCAGGGUCAUGUUCAUGCUCGCCCAUGGCAUCCCCCGCUGACCUUCAACCCCAGACGUACACAGUCCGAGAAAAAGACUCGAAUGAAAAUUUAAAUUUCCCGGAGAGCAGCACGAACUCUGUUAGCUCACAGCUUAACUCGGGCGUCAUCCAAACGACGACGUCACACACCGACUGUGACACCAUCAACACCAGUCUCACACAACAGACUCUCACAAACUCCACCAACCACCAUCUUGUACUUAUGACCUCGCAGGGGUCGGGGGUCAAACGGGUGCACAGCAGCCAGGAUAUGAGCAGGAGACACAGGAGCCCGUCCUGCCGGAGGAGAAGCUCUGACAUCUUUGAGAACUCUCCCAGGUGUCAGGACAGGUACGAGGACAGCCAGGCGGGGACGGAGAGAGCUGGACAAAAUGUGGACGGUGUCCUGCAGAAAAGGGAGGCAAACAACUCCUCUGUUAGAUUCAGAAACACCAAGCACUCUGAAGAAUCCUGGUCUGAGGAAGAGGAAGGGGAGGUGAGUGAUGACUAGACACCUUGUCGUCCCCCCUGCCGCCAGUCCUUCUCCACCCUGAGCUCUGAAGGUGUCUUCUCAGAGGAGGACAUCAGUGACAGGUCAGGCAACCAAGAUGGCAGUGGUGACAACGGUCUGCUGUCCACUGGCAGUGCAGAAAACCUGCAGGCGGAGCUGACCAAACUGACCUACAUACCAGAUGGUCUGUCGGACAGGGAGAAAACUGUCAAGAAAAUGAAAAACAAAGUGAACUCCCCUGAUAGGAUGAAAUCUGAGACGGACACAAGUUCGGACGAGUGUUCCGAUAUAACAGUGUCAUCAGCUAUACACAAAACUAGGUCUGUAGAGAGUAGCACCCACUGGUAGCCAGCCUCCUUCUAUGUUCUUCAGUCAUCUUCUCAAAGUCAUCUUCUCAAAGUCAUCUUGAUGUCACUAGCUUCACAUCAUCAGUCAUCCAACAUGAACCAUCAGUCACUCAACACUGAGUGAGUCAUUCAUCUUCGCCUUGUGUAGAAGCAAGACAAAUUUGUUCUACCAUUUACCUCAGAUAGACUAGGAUCAGGGCCAGACAGGACAGGGCUUUCUGGUAGCUUUUACAUGAAAGGCAGUGCUAGUCAGUUGCUGACCACACAAACUUGGGUGGGCAAGGACACAGUGAGUCAAUGGUUGACACAGAGAACGGACACAUUGUGGACACAUGUCAGUCCCUAACUGACAUAGGACACACGUUUAGUCACUAGCUAACAUAUUUAGGACACAACUAGUUAGUUAUGAAAUAAUGGAUGAACAAAUGUCUACAAUUAUUUCAAAAUGUGUUCUGGGAUUGUUGUGAUUUUGCCAAUGUGUUGGUCAGCAGAAGACUCGUGGUUGAGUUGUAUUAUUUGCUGCAGGACAAAGCCACUGACCAGUUGACCAACUGUGUGAGUGACCUGUCUAAAAUACUUUACAAACAUUUGGUAAUGUGUCAGAUUCUCAGUGGAUAUAGGAGAAGCUAAGUUGGACAUUUGGAGCUAAACUUUUUCUGUGUUAUUCUUCACUCUAAGGAUAUGAACUUUGACCUGUUGAUGCUGUGUAGUUCUCUACUUCCUGGGGUUUAAA